AUGAAGAGAUCUGAUGAUAUGGAUCGAAAUUGGCUAUAUUAUCUCGCUCAACCAACUAAAUUAGCGCUGGAUAUUGAAGAACUAACCGUAUCACACAAAUUGGAACUACUUAAACAAGCCUUAUCACAAGCUGAAAUUAGCGAGAGAAAAACCAAUCUCAAUAAUUCUGAAAAUGGUUCCUCAGACAACUUCUCUACAGAAAAUGAGGCAGUACAUCCAGACGACGUAUUCACAGAGUCAUCAAAAUUGUUUAAAAAGUCAAAAGUGUUGGAUAUACUGUCCUUACAGAUUGCUGCAAAUCUAAAAUUCAGUUUAAACUUGUUUCGAGUAGUGUCAGAGAUGCCUACAAAGCUGUAUGCACGUUUGUAUAGAGUGUUGGUCACGUAUACUGCAAAAUUUUCUGAAAUUCUUCAACCACAAUUUGAACAGGCAAUAAAUAAAGAAAAUAUUUUCAUCAUAAAUCCGUAUGGUUAUUUCACAUGGUCUCAGUUGAAUCCUGUAACAAUUUAUGGUAUAAUGUCUUACCAUAUUUGGUGCCUUCAUGUUUCUCUUACAUCAAGUAUGUUGCCGCAACCGUUUCGAAAUCUUACUCCAAUUGUUUCUGGUUUAACUGAAGUACCCGAGGUAACAUUUUUUGCUGAUAAUCGUGUUGAAGUUGGUGUUAUUCUUACACGUAUACAAGAGUCGGUAAAUCAGUUGAAUGAGAUCAAUGAUCUGUUAGAAGAUAUCAGUAUAGCCAGACCUCUUUCAUCAGUAUUUUCAACAACAGAGUCGAUAUUUUCUGUUUUUACUGAGCUAUCAAAUCAAGAAGACCAAAAUUCAAACUUGUCAGAUUUUGUUUUACAGAAUUCAGAACCUCUUUCCAGAAGUUAUCUUUCUGCAUCACUGAAUUUUGUACUGGGACGUUAUGCUUUUCAACAACAGGAGUUUCAUCGAUCACAAGAGCUUCUUCAAAAAACCCUCAAUGAAAUGCAAUCUCAAAAUUUUACUUACCUGAAUGAGACUGGAGCUACACCCAAAUUAGUACAGGCCUACUUAACUGCAUGUUUAUCAUAUACGCCUGCCGCAGCACACAUUUCAGACAACGCCUCAAUUCCUCAAUCUGACGAUGAUGAUGAUGCAUUUUUACAAUAUUUUUGUACAGAACUAGAAAAGUGUUCUUCAUCAUUAGAAGUAGUGAAUAAAAAUCAAGUAAUAAAUAUAUUUUGGACUCAAAUAUGGAAUUCUGUUGACAGUGUCAAAUCAGAGAAGUCUUCUGAUACAAAACAACCACUCACAAUUGAAGACCACCUGUAUGAAAUUCUACUCAAAGGAUUAAUUCCUGUGAAUGAUGAUGAUUCUUCUAAUUCUAAUGCAUAUAUUCCGAUUAGUUUAGUAGUUCGUCACAAGUUAGAGAAUUUAUGUUUAAAACUGUUGAAUGCUUAUAAUAAUAAUAAUUUACUGAUGAAUUCAACUGAUACAAGCAAUACGGGGGUUGCACAAUCUACAAAGCAUACAAAACAGGCUAAGUUGUCGUCCCUUGAUGAUGAUGAUGAUGAUAAAAUAUCAGAUUUCAAUGCUGCUGUACACCAACUUUUCACUAAGAUAUAUGUAUGCAAUUCAAUUGAACGACUAAUGUUCAAUUCUGUGGAACAUCCACUUAUGUUGGUAACAGAAUUAUUAAUAAAUUUUGACAAAGAAUCGACAAAGAAUCAACUCAACAAAUCAACGUCAUCAUCAUCAUCACCAUCAUCAUCGGUGUUUCAUAUAGACGCUAUAAAAGGACGUGAAUUUCUAUUCGACUGUUUAACCACUUUAAUGCAAAGGCUGUCGUCAAGCGUAAAAAAUUAUUCCACCUCUAACCAAUACCUUAUUAUUUGCCAGUAUAUCACUUUUCUAGUACAAGAAGGGAUCUGUUCCCUGGGCAGUUUAUCAAUGAUGAAUCAACUGUAUUAUCAUAAACAGAAUUCUUAUCUGCUUACAGUACAAAAGAAUUUUCAGGAUUUAUUAGAAACACUUGUAUCUCAUAAACUGGUACGUUGA